AUGACGUUCCCGCAGGUUCGAGUCGGGGCUCUGCUUCGAGUAGAGAUCGUGAACUCGCGUCCGGGGCUGUUCAUCGUAGACUCUGGCCACUGGAACCUGUCUGACCUUUUACAUAGACGACCCAGCACCUCGCCAAUGCGCCUGGGUAAGCGACCGGCCAUGUAUGUCAGCCCCGGCGCUGUGAUUCCAUGGCGUCCUUUUGUCAUUUCGACAGAGCAAAAUGCGACGAAUCACGGCCAGUGCUAG